AGCCGGAGCUGAAGAUCCUCGCUUCCAAACUUCUAAGGGCCCUUCACCAUUCCCUAGGCGUGAAGAUGGUGAUGUCCCACGGCACCUACACCUUCCUCACCUGCUUUGCUGGCUUCUGGCUGAUCUGGGGGCUCAUUGUAUUGCUGUGUUGCUUCUGCAGCUACCUGCGGAGGCGCAUGAAACGGCGGCAAGAGGAGCGGCUGCGGGAGCAGCACCUGCGCACCCUGGAGAUGGAACCUCUGCACUAUGAGGGCUAUGGGGGCCCCGCCUAUGGGGGCCCCGCCUACGGAGGCGGUUACAUGAGAAACUCGCCGGGCAUUGCUAUGCCCCACCGGAUCCGCAUUGAGCCGCAUCGCCCCCACCUCCCACCCCCAAGGCCCUGGAGCUGCAGGCAUGAGCCUGAUCCGUCCAAGCCCCCUUGCUACGAGGAAGCAGUGCUGAUGGCCGAGCCCCCGCCGCCUUACAGCGAAGUGCUGACGGACACCCGGGGCUUGUACCGCAAGAUCAACGCUCCCUUCCUGAGCCACGAGCAGCCGGAGAAGCAAGAGCAGCCGCCCAGCUACAAGCCCCUCUUCCUGGACCGAGGCUACGGCUCAGCCCUUCACCUGCCCAGCUCAACCGGCCGGGGCCCCACCUGCGCCAAUAUCUACCUGGAGUCGGAGCAUUCGCAGCGCAUCUUCCCGAGCUGGACAGACUCAGAACUCAGCACCAGAGACAGCUACGAGCCCGGGCCCUGGCACCUGCCUGUCUCUAUGCCUUUGUUUGGCAGGACUACGGCAGUCUGA